UAAUAAUAUUGUUGUUGUGACCUUUCCACCCCUCUAAAAAUAAAGACUUGGUCUGGACUUCUAGUACGUUCAAUGUCACAUUUGUUGUGUGUAAUGUUGCUUGAUGUCUUACAGAGAAUUACAUUUUAAACGUAUCAAACAUGUAUAAAUUAAAUUGUAUAUUAGUUAGUUCUGUGAGUAACGUAUGUCGACGGCUGGCUGUCUCUCCAAAUACAAGUGGAAGCUCUCUGUGUGGAAGCAUAGGGUUGCGGACCCUAUGUAGCAGUGCUGACGUACUUGAGGAGACCGCAGCACCCAUCAGUGCCUCAAAGAGAUCCUCUGACUUCAGCGUGGUGCCUCCACUGCCAGGCCAGGACAGUCCACUAAGAUGGGGUGGGAAGAAGUUUGAGGAGUUACCAAUCGUUCACAUUAAAGCCACAUACAACAACACACACGUCCAGCUGACAGAGAGCUCAGGACAGUCGCUGGUCAGGACGUCCUGCGGAACAGAGGGCUUCAAGAAUAUCAAGAAGUCAACGCCCAUCGCUGCUCAGACUGCAGGCCUCUCUGCUGCUGCAAAAGCCACAGCGAAGGGAUUGACGUAUGUCCGUGUCGUGGUCAAAGGAAUUGGUCCUGGACGUCAGUCUGCGAUCAAAGGCUUGACAAUGGGAGGUCUGGAGGUGGUAUCGAUCACAGACAACACCCCCGUGCCGCACAAUGGAUGCCGCCCACGCAAAGCCAGAAGGAUUUGAUCCCUGCCAACCAGAAUACACUGCGACAGGAGGAAGUGGUUGUAAAAUGUUAAUAAAGUGUUUUGUUGUAUCAUU